GUGACGCGUGUUUUCUAUGAUUGUAGGAAACGUGGUAAACGAACACGUGGUGAAUGUGUACAUACAAAAUUUCUCAUUUUAGUACUGCUGUUUCUUGCCACGAAAGAAGAAGAAAAUUUCUCGCGAAAAUGAAGCAACUGUCGGAAGAGAAAACGAAGCUAGUAUUUGAGAAGCUAACGAAAUAUAUCGGCUCGAAUUUGAAAAACUUGAUUGAUCGACCGGAUGGCGUUUAUUGUUUCCGAGAAAAUAAGGACAGAGUUUAUUAUGUGUCGGAAAAGAUUUUAUCUUUAGCGAGCACUGUGGGAUCCGAUCAUUUGUUGAGCUUAGGCACUUGUUUCGGUAAAUUCACAAAAUCAGGAAAGUUUAGGCUGCACGUCACUGCCUUACAUUAUUUAGCACCUUAUGCACAACACAAAAUUUGGGUGAAAGCUUCUGCAGAACAACAAUUUCUAUAUGGACAUCACAUUAUGAAGUCAGGUCUUGCUCGUAUAACUGAAGGUACUUCUCAAUAUCAGGGUGUCGUUAUAUUUUCCAUGAACGAUGUACCAUUGGGAUUUGGCGUUGCUGCAAAAAGUACAGCCGACUGUAAAUAUGCAGAUCCUAUGGCAACAAUUUGCUUUCACCAAGCAGAUAUUGGAGAAUACCUUCGUUGUGAAGAUUCAUUAAUAUAACAAAGAUUUAUUUCAAUUUUAAAAGAUACAUAUUUAUCUAAUUAUGGUAUAUUGAAUUUAAUUUUGUAUAUGAAAUAAUAUAGGUGACGUGUUAUAAAACAAAACUUAAGUUAUUAUGUGUAUAUAUGUGUACAUGUACUUUCUAAGAAUAAAAUA